GCGCGUGACCGGCCUGACCCGUGCUCUGCCCCCUCUCUUUCAGAGGUGGGGGGCCUGACGGAGGAGGAGCUGCUGCAGCAGCUGGAGCAGUGCGACCUGGCCCUGACGCGCACCCCGGACAUGAGCCCAGCUUGCUCCUUCGCUCACCCCGGCACGCCCCAGGCCUCCAGCACCAGCCUCCAGUCCCAGGGGAGCGACGGUGCCCGAGACAGACCCGCCAAGGGGGCUGCCAGCCCCGGGCUCCUGCUGAGCUAUGCCCGCGGAAGCCUGUUGCUGCCCAGACCCCGCGAGGGCCCCUUCCCGGCGCUGACGGCCAGCCAGAGCUCCCUGAACCGCGGCGAGGGCCCCGCGCCGGAGCCCUGCCCCCGGCGGCCUGUGGAGGGACUGGAUGGCGACCCCCGGGCUCCCCACGAGCUGCGUGGCGGGGGCAGCUUCGUCGAGCGCUGCCAGGAGCUGGCCCGCUCCUCCGGGCUCGAAGGCAGGCGGCCUGGCCCGGCCGGGGAGCCCGACGGGGGGCGCCUUGGAGCAAAGGGCAAGGUCCUGCUCCGUGCCCCCGGCAUGCCGGCCCGCAGGCCCCCCGGAGCCAGCCCCACCCCCUCCGUCAGGACCCUGCCCCCCGCCCUGCCGGGGUCCGGCUCCUCCUCCCCCUCGGCGGCCAGCGAGGCCCUGCCCAUCGUCCCGCUGGCAGGGCCCAAAGCCCAGCUCAACGAGACCUCGUUUUAGCAUCCGCGGAGGGGCCGGGGACUCCAGCCCGGCAGGGACUGACUCACCACAGAGGCCUUACGCCUGCUGCCCGACCCAGGCUCUGCUCAGCCUGUCCAGCCGGCCGGUCCCCUGGACUCAGCCACCCCUGGGACCAGCAGCAAGCCGUGGGGCGGGGGCCCCCUGCAGCCGCGUCCUGCUGGGGCGGGCCUGGGACCUUCCUCAAGGCAGGAUCGCGCUGUUCACAGAGCAAUGGAUUCGCUGGCGUUCCUCCGCCACCUCGCCUGCCCCCUCUGUGCCCUGCGGGUGCCCACGCACCCUGCGCUGGGAUCAGCCAGGCAUUGCAUGGCGCUGGGCCCCUCAGGUGCCGACUCGCGGGCCCGGGGCAGCUGUGCCCAGGAGGGACAAAUCCUACCGGCUGGUGGGCGGGGCCUAAGCCUGGUGGCUCCUCCCACCCGUAGCAAGCCAAAGCCUAUUGGUGGCCAUAAGGGGGCGCUGUGCCGGGGGUGGGGCCUAGGUGCUCGUUUCCAUACGGGGCUUCCACGGCAAAUACACCCGCA